UGAGGGGGGGGGAGGGGCGGCCGCCGCGGGCCGGCCCGCAGGGAGGGGCCGAGCGGCUCCUCGGCGAAGGAGCCGCCGCAUCCCGCCCGCCGCUGCGCCAUGGAGGACGUGCUGCCCCCGGGCCUGCUGGAGAUCUGCCUGCUGGUCGGCGUGCCCGGCGAGAGGGUGCGGGCGCUCCUGCAGGGUGCUCAGAGGAAACCCAGAAGCUUCCCUGCCCUUGAUCCAGAAGUUCUUUCUGUAUUUGUGCCUCCGUUUAUCAGUAAAGAUGAUAUUCAGGUGAUUAAUACAAGUAGUAAUAACUCGAAUAAAAGUAAACGUCGGUCUUUCCGAAAGAAGAAAGAGAGACCAAAAAUUGAAAAUGUGAAGAGUCUCAAUGGGGACCAGAAAGCAGCUGAUACUGAAGAAAUUACUGUUCCAAAGGACAUUGAUCUUAUUGGUUUGCCACAGCUAUGCUUCCCAGGAGGACUUUAUAUAACUUCUGAAUCAAGAGAGGACCACAUUCAUUUCCUGGUCUUCACAGAUGUCUGCGGUAACAGAACAUAUGGUGUCGUUGCACAGUACUACCAGCCUAUGCAAGAAGGCUGGAUUUCCUCAAAUGGACAGACCCAGUGGGAAUCUGUGCAGACUGGGAAAACGCUUGGCUGUUUUGUACCAUUUGCCAUUUGUGUUAUAUCCAGAUAUCCAUAUUUUAAUGCUCUCAAGGACUGCCUCUCUUGCUUACUAGUGCAACUGCGACCUUUCAAGAGUUUUGAUGUUGAUGGGCACAUAAAAGAAUUUGCAGCAAAGUUAUUUUUAAUACCCAGCCCUCCACCAGGACCACUCCACUUGGUAUUUAAUAUGAAACCGCUUCAGAUAAUAAUUCCUUCACAAGAGGAUCCAGACAGUCCAAUUAUUGACCUGGAUCUUCAUCUUCCGUUGCUGUGUUUCAAGCCAGAGCAGGUUCUGCAGAUUAUGACCUGUAUUUUAACUGAGCAGAGAAUUGUUUUCUUCUCUUCUGACUGGGCCCUGCUGACGCUUGUGGCUGAAUGCUUUAUGUUGUACCUUCAUCCUCUUCAGUGGCAACACACUUUUGUGCCCAUUCUAUCUCGUCAAAUGCUGGAUUUUGUGAUGGCCCCAACAUCUUUUCUUAUGGGAUGUCAUACUGAUCAUUUUGAAGAAGUUAGCGUGGAGGCUGAAGACCUAAUUUUAAUCAAUAUUGAUAAUGGGGAUAUUACACAUUCAAAAGCACCUGAAGAGAAGCCUGAAAUUCCAGAUGUUCCAGCACAAGCAGCAGAAACUUUCAUAAAAAGAGUAGAGAGUCUUCAGCUGCAUUAUGAUCUAGAGCUCUGCCAUCUCAGUGCCAGCACAGAUCUUGGUGAACUCCAGAUGCGUAGAAGGGCUUGGCAGCAGAAACUGAACAGUGAAGUUCAGCAAACUGCUUUGCAGUUAAUUGUUAAUAUCUUCAGGGAAGUAAAAGACCAUCUAAAUUAUGAACACAGAGUGUUUAACAGUGAAGAAUUUUUGAAAACAAGGGCAAUGGGAGACCAGCCAUUUUACAAAAAGGUUUUAGAGACCUACAUGUUCCACUCUUUUCUUAAAGCUCGUCUGAACAGGAAGAUGGAUGCUUUUGCUCGACUUGAGCUAAGUACCCAGUCUGAAGAGGACAGAUUAAAUUUGAUGUUUGAUAGCCCAAGAAGACUGACUGUGGAGAAAAUGGCUUCUAAACGAUUUAAUCCACAGUACAUGAUUAGUAGGCGUAUGGUAAUCAGUAUGCCUAAUCUGCAAGAUAUCAAGCUGCCAGAAGGCCCUACUAGAAAUUCCUCGCUUCAGAGACUAGAAGCAGGCCAUGCUGUGAAAAUGCAUUCCAGAUCAGUUAGUACAUUCAAAAUCCCAGAAAUUCACUUUCCUCUGAUAUGCCAGUGUGUCCAAUCCUACUAUGCAGACUUUUUCAACCAUCUCAGCAAAGCUAUAAAUAACUUACCACCUGAUAACUCAGCAUUGUUGGCAAGAUACUUCUACCUCCGGGGACUUAUUAGCUUGAUGCAAGGCAAACUACUAAAUGCACUUUCCGACUUUCAGAAUCUAGAUAAAACAGACUUAAGAAUUUUCCCUAGUGAUCUUGUAAGAAAAAUUGUGGAAACCAUGCCUCCUUCUGAACGUUCUCAAGCAGACCGCAAACCUGAGCUGAAGAAGCUGAUAAGUCGCGUGAUGGAAAAACAAAGAGAAAUUAUGAAAAUAGAUGACCACGUAAAAAAUUUUGAAUUGCCAAAAACACACAUGCAAUUGGAUGAUUUUGUGAAGCGAAUCCAGGAAUCUGGGAUUGUCAAAGAUAUAGACACCAUACAUAGGUUAUUUGAUGCCUUAACAGUAGGACAUCAGAAACAAAUUGAUCCUGAAACAUUCAGAGAUUUCUACACCUACUGGAAAGAAACUGAAGCAGAAGCUCAAGAGGUUAAUCUGCCACCCACAGUAAUAGAGCAUCUGGAUAAAAAUGAAUGUGUCUACAAGUUAUCCUGCUCAGUUAAAACGAACUAUGGGGUAGGGAAAAUAGCUCUGACCCAAAAGCGCUUGUUCCUUUUGACUGAAGGAGGCCGUCCCGGCUACGUCCAGAUUGCAGCUUUCAGGGAUAUAGAGGAUGUUAAGAGCACGACUGUAGCUUUCCUUCUUUUGAGAAUACCCACUCUGAGGAUUAAAACAGUAUCUAAAAAAGAAGUCUUUGAAGCUAACCUUAAAACAGAAUGUGAUCUCUGGUACCUAAUAGUGAAAGAAAUGUGGGCUGGAAAGAAAAUGGCAGAUAAUCACAAGGAUCCUCAGUAUAUCCAGCAAGCACUGACAAAUGUUCUCCUGAUGGAUGCUGUGGUUGGUGCCCUGCAGUCUUCCAAAACCAUAUAUGCAGCCUCUAAACUGUCUUAUUUUGACAGGAUGAAAAAUGAAGUGCCUAUGAUGGUCCCCAAAACAACCUCAGAAACACUAAAGCACAAGAUCAACCCCUCAGCUGGUGAGAUGUUUCCACAGGCAAUAGAUGUCUUGCUUUAUACGCCAGGCCAUCUUGACCCUUCAGAAAGACCUGCCAAUGCUUAUCCAAAACUAUGGUGUGGUUUAAAUGAGGGGAAAGUGGUGGUCUUUGAUGCAUCUACCUGGUCUAUUCAACAACACAGUUUCAAAAUGGGCAGCUCUAAACUGACUUGUAUGGUAAUGGUAGAACAAAGUCAAGUGUGGAUCGGUUCUCAAGACUCCUUUAUUUAUAUAAUCAACACCCAUAGUAUGUCUUGUAAUAAGCAACUAAAUGAUCAUCGUUCUGAUGUUACAGACAUCAUUGUAGAGAAGAAGAAUGGAAUACCCAGCAGUGAAGCAUACUCAUGCAGCUUAGAUGGGACAGUUAUUGCUUGGAAUAUCAGCACUCUGAAAGUCAACCGUACAUUCCAGCUGCCCUGCCAAAAUCUCACUGCUAUCAAACUUCAUAAUGAUCGACUGUGGUGCUGUACUGGAAGUUGCAUACUGGUAGUGUCAACUCAAGAAUUUCGACCACAGAUGAAAAUUGAGCAUAACCUGAAGGAUGUGUGUUCAUGUUUUCUCUGUUUCCAGCUGUUUCCUGAGAGAGAUGAAAUGUGGGCGUCUUAUUCAGGAAGUAGUGACGUGUAUAUUUGGAACACCAGAGAUCUUGCAAGUACACCUCAAAAGAUUCAUCUUCAAGAUUGCUUUGAGAUUACUUGUAUGAUAAAAGUUAAAAAUCAGAUGUGGAUUGGUAGCAGGGGAAAAUCACAAGGCAAAAUCAAAGGGAAGAUCUAUGUGGUCAGUGCUGAGAAGAAGACUGUGGAGAAAGAGUUGGUUGGUCAUGCUGAUACAGUAAAGGCACUUUGCUCGGCAGAGGACAGAUAUGUCCUUAGCGGCUCUGGAAAGGAAGAAGGGAAGAUUGCCAUUUGGAAAGUUGAAUAGUUAAGCUAUUAAAAAUAUGGAUACCUUUGCUGGAAAAAGGGAAGACCUCAGGCUUCGUUUAGUCCAGCAUCCCACCUAUAUUUCAACCACCCAUCAGUGUUAUUUGUGUAUUAUUUAUUGAGUUGUUCUCGUAACUACAUCGUUGUAGGAGAUAAAAACAGAAGUGAAGCUCUCCUUGCACCUGUCAUGCACCUGCACAAUUGAUAAUGAAAUGGAAAUGUGAACGAGAAGGGUCAUUACUGGCUUUAAACUUGAUUAUGUUGUUAUGAAGGAUCGGGGUUGUAGAGCAGACUGUGUGACGUGUGCUGCGCUGAGUGAGCCAAUGCCAGCGAAAAUAAGCUCGGUAAUUCUGCUGGAGCUCUUUCUCAGCGGUGCACAGAUUGUCUGCAAACUGGGAUUUGAUACUGUCUUUACAGCCUAUAAUAGCUUGAAAUGUUCAUUGAAAGCAUUUUAAAUGCCUUUGUUGGAUUUGUGGAGUUACUGUAUAUGCUAAGUAUCUUUCUAAACUAGCAGCUAGAUUUAGUGGGGAAGACUGUCCAUUACUACUCUGUGUGUAUUUAUGGUGCUGUAUUAUUUAAAAUGUAGAUAGAGACAGGCUCUCCCUAAAAGCACUGAAAGCUCCCUGCUAGUGAGACAGGAUACUUGGAUAUUCUCAUUAAUGGUUUUACUUUUUAAACUUGUUUUUCCUUUAAAAAACAAUGCACUGCACUUGGCAUUUGUAACAGUUUGUGAAACUUUUUUUCCAUCUGAAGCACUUAAUUUAUUUAAUUUCAGUAUAAAUUAUACCUGCUUUUGCAAUCAAUCUUUUAGUUACUAUGCAGACAAACGUCUACCACUCCUUCCUUCAAUCACAGUUCAUGUAAUUGGCGGAACUACUGUUAUUUAGUGUAGAACCUACUUAAUUUUUAAGUUCUCUGAAGCCAUCGAACUAUUCCUUAAUUACUGACAUAAGAAUCACCAGAUUGUGGUCUAGGCAUUUCUUUUGAUCAGUGUUUCCUAUGUUACUUCUCUAAAGACAGCGUUUGCAAAUUUUGAAGUUAGUACUAACCUUGUAAAGAUACUGGUAUAUAUUUUCUCAUUAGUGACAGAAUUAUCUAUACGUAAACCAAUACAUAUAAACAGAACAGUUUUGUCUGUAUCAGUGCUUAGUAAAAUGGAAUAAAAUAUUUAAAAUAUUGUAAAUAGAUGGAAAAGAUGGGCUGCUACUCAUGUUAACAAAUAUAAACUAAAACAGUAUAUGCCUACUACAAGUGUAAAAUAAUGGUAAUAUACUUCAUGCAAUGUUUCUAACUUUUUAAUGUGCUCAUGAAAGAUGUUUAUUGUAUGAUGGUAAUUGAAAUUUUGCAUGAAAUGUUUUUCUCAAUUUAAGAUUAGUAAACACUAUAUUGAUAUUCUGGCCUCUUUA